AAUGCGGGUUUGGGGGGAGGGAGAAGUGGCCAGAAGCAGCCUCGCUCAGGGAGCCCUGCUCGCCCUGCCUCCUUCCCUUGAAUCCCUUCCUGCUUUCUCUCUCUCUGUGGUCUCUCUCCCUUCGGAAGCCAACUCCGCUCCUGCCGAGUCGCGCCAGAUCUAAAGUGUGUGACACUGCAAUCAUCUGCAAGUAUUGUUCAUUUUUGCUCUCCAUUGGACAGAAGAAAACCGACAGAAAGAUGCCAAUCCUAGAGAAAGUCAAAGAGAAGAAAGAGAAAGAGGUUCACAGCCAAGAUGAAAUAGUACUUCCCAAACUUCCAGUCCCACCACUGCAACAGACCCUCCACAUGUACCUUCAGUGCAUGAAACAUUUGGUGCCAGAGGAGCAAUAUAAGAAGACAGAGGUCAUAGUAGAACGGUUUGGAGCACCAGGAGGUCCAGGAGAACUCCUUCAGCAAAAGCUUCUAGAAAGACAGGACAAAAUGAAAAACUGGGUUUUAAACUACUGGCUAGAUGACAUGUACCUCAACAACCGAUUGGCCCUCCCAGUCAAUUCCAGCCCAGCCAUUAUCUUUGCUCGCCAACAGUUCCAAGAUGCCAAUGAUCAACUAAGGUUUACAGCAAAUCUCAUUUCUGGAGUUCUUGACUAUAAAGCUCUGCUGGACACCCAUGCUAUACCUGUUGAUUUUGCUCGUGGACAGCUGUCUGGUCAUCCUCUCUGUAUGAAGCAAUACUAUGGACUAUUUUCUUCCUAUCGUCUUCCAGGACAUACCAAAGAUACCCUCGUGGCCCAGAAAAGCAAUGUCAUGCCUGAACCAGAACAUAUUAUUGUUGCUUGUAAUAAUCAGUUUUUUGUUUUGGAUGUUGUUAUUAAUUUCCGCCGUCUCAGCGAAGGAGAUCUGUUUACCCAGUUACGGAAGAUAAUCAAAAUGGCAGAGAAUGAAGAAGAGAGACUGCCUCCAAUUGGUCUCUUAACAUCUGAUGGAAGGACAGAGUGGGCAGACGCCCGGACAAUCCUUGUGGAAGAUUCUACAAACCGAGAUUCACUUGACAUGAUUGAACGAAGCCUAUGCUUAGUUUGCCUUGAUAGCCCAAGUGGGGAGGAACUCAAUGAUACUAACAUGGCUUUACAACUUCUACAUGGAGGAGGUUACAAUAAAAAUGGUGCCAAUCGUUGGUAUGAUAAACCCAUGCAGUUUGUUGUGGGAAGAGAUGGAGUCUGUGGGACAGUGUGUGAACAUUCCCCUUUCGAAGGGAUCGUCCUGGUGCAGUGCAUUGAGCAUCUACUCAAACACAUGAAAGAAGGGGCAAAGAAACUCGUUAGAGCUGAUUCAGUGAGUGAACUUCCGGCUCCAAGGAGACUAAGGUGGAAAUGCUCUCCAGAAAUUCAGGGGCUCUUGGCUUCAUCUGCAGAAAAACUUCAAAGGAUGGUAAAGAAUCUAGACUUCAUGGUCUAUAAAUUUGAAAACUAUGGGAAAGAAUUCAUCAAAAAGCAGAAGAUGAGCCCAGAUGCCUACAUCCAAGUAGCACUCCAGCUUACAUUUUAUAGAUUGCAUGGGAGACUUGUUCCUACCUAUGAGAGUGCGUCCAUACGCCGGUUUGAAGAAGGCAGAGUAGACAACAUCCGUUCUGCAACUCCUGAAGCAUUAGCUUUUGCAAAAGGGAUGAUAGAUAAGAAGUUAUCUCUACAGGACUUUGAGAAAAUGCAGCGAUUCAAGGAUGCUAUAACUGCUCAGACUAAUUACACUAUUUUGACUAUUACAGGAAUGGCAAUAGACAAUCACUUGUUGGGACUGCGAGAGAUGGCCCGCGAGCACUUCAAGGAACUGCCAGACAUAUUUACUGAUGAAACAUACUUGACAAGCAAUCGAUUUAUUCUCUCCACCAGCCAGGUUCCAACAACCAUGGAGAUGUUCUGCUGCUAUGGCCCCGUGAUCCCAAAUGGUUAUGGGGCCUGCUACAAUCCACAGCCAGGGCAUAUCUUGUUCUGCAUUUCCAGCUUUAAAGACUGUCAAGAGACAUCCUCCAGCAAAUUUGCAAAAGCCCUGGGAGAAAGCCUCAUGGAUAUGAAGGAACUGUGCAACAAAUGCAACUCGACUCCAACCAGCAGCCCAGCUAAACAAGCAGCAUCCUCAACGUCUCAGCAGGGUCGCAAGCACUAACCACUGUGCCUGCUCUCCCUUUUCCGCUUCUCCAUUCUGCAAAUGCUUUUCAGGUAGAAUAUUGCUAUUCUUUGAGAGCAAGCCAUAAAGCAGGUCUGCUUUUAGUCUU